GAGCAAUGCGAUCAUUUUUUUUUUUUAAGGAGGCGGUCAAGGCAAUUACAUUAUUUUGCUAAACAAAGCCGUUUCCGAGAUUUCUGCAUUGUGGAUGCUUUCUCCGUCGUUUUGCACCAAAUUCGUUGCAGCAGCAAGGCCAGAGAGUUUGCCUUGACUCCCCUCACUACCAAAAUAAAUGUACAGGGCAGGAUUGUUCCACUGAGCAGCCCCGAAUGGGGAGAGAGAAGAAGGAAAGAGGUGGUACGUGCCGACAGCUCUAAACUGAAUGCGGUGCGGGUUGCUAUGUAUGAGAGAGUUCAGGGGGGAAAGAGGAGGAAGUCGGAGGAGCAGCCAAAGCUCGCAGGAUGGCGAGAGCCAAGCUGAAGAAUUCCCCUUCAGAGAGCAAUUCCCAUGUCAAAACUGUCCCACCAGCGACGACAGAAGAUGUCCAUGGGGUGAGCCCCUUGCUGCCGGCUCGGAGGAUGGGAUCCUUGGGGAGCGACGUCGGACAAAGGCCUCACGCCGAGGACUUCAGCGUGGAUUCCUCCUUCUCGCAGGUGCAGGUCGAGUUCUACGUGAAUGAAAACACCUUCAAGGAGCGGCUGAAGCUCUUCUUCAUCAAAAACCAGCGAUCGAGCCUGAGGAUCCGGCUCUUCAACUUCUCGCUGAAGCUGCUCACCUGCCUCCUCUACAUCGUCCGCGUCCUGCUCGACAACCCGGAGGAGGGCAUCGGCUGCUGGGAAUGCGAAAAGCAGAAUUACACGGAGUUCAACCAGUCCACGAAGAUAAACUGGUCACACAUCUUCUGGGUGGAUAGGAAAAUGCCGCUGUGGGCUGUGCAGGUCAGCAUCGCUUUAAUCAGCUUUCUGGAGACCAUGCUGCUCAUCUAUCUCAGCUACAAGGGGAACAUCUGGGAACAGAUUUUUCGCAUUUCGUUCAUCCUUGAGAUGAUCAACACCGUGCCAUUUAUUAUCACGAUAUUCUGGCCUCCUUUGCGGAAUUUGUUCAUUCCUGUGUUUCUGAACUGCUGGCUUGCCAAGUACGCCCUGGAGAACAUGAUUAACGACCUGCACCGUGCCAUACAAAGGACCCAGUCUGCGAUGUUUAACCAGGUGCUCAUUCUGAUCUGCACCCUCCUGUGUCUUGUUUUCACGGGGACCUGUGGCAUCCAGCAUUUAGAAAGAGCAGGUGAGAAGCUCUCCCUCUUCAAGUCCUUCUAUUUCUGCAUCGUCACCUUUUCCACCGUGGGCUACGGAGACGUGACACCAAAGAUCUGGCCUUCCCAGCUCCUCGUCGUGAUAAUGAUUUGCGUUGCCUUGGUCGUGCUGCCGCUCCAGUUCGAGGAGCUCGUCUACCUGUGGAUGGAGCGGCAGAAGUCGGGAGGCAAUUACAGCCGUCACCGUGCCCAGACGGAGAAACACGUCGUCCUUUGUGUCAGCUCCCUCAAGAUUGAUCUUCUCAUGGAUUUCCUCAAUGAGUUUUACGCCCACCCACGGCUGCAGGAUUACUACGUGGUGAUACUUUGCCCGACAGAGAUGGAUAUCCAGGUGCGGCGGGUCCUGCAGAUCCCUCUGUGGUCGCAGCGAGUGAUCUACCUGCAGGGCUCCGCGCUGAAGGACCAGGACCUCAUGAGAGCCAAGAUGGACAACGGGGAAGCCUGCUUCAUUCUCAGCAGCCGAAACGAGGUGGACCGCACCGCGGCGGACCACCAGACCAUUCUGAGAGCCUGGGCUGUGAAAGAUUUUGCUCCAAACUGCCCUCUCUAUGUGCAGAUCCUAAAGCCUGAAAACAAGUUUCACGUCAAGUUUGCCGAUCACGUUGUCUGCGAGGAGGAGUGCAAAUACGCCAUGCUGGCGCUGAACUGUGUCUGCCCUGCCACCUCCACCCUCAUCACGCUGCUGGUGCACACCUCCCGCGGCCAGGAGGGCCAGGAGUCCCCGGAGCAGUGGCAGCGGAUGUACGGGCGCUGCUCGGGCAACGAGGUCUAUCACAUCCGGAUGGGCGACAGCAAGUUCUUCAUGGAGUACGAGGGGAAGAGCUUCACCUACGCCGCCUUCCACGCGCACAAAAAGUACGGCGUCUGCCUGAUCGGCAUCCGGAGGGAGGAGAACAAGAGCAUCCUGCUGAACCCCGGCCCGCGGCAUAUCAUGGCAGCGUCCGACACCUGCUUCUACAUCAACAUCACCAAGGAGGAGAACUCUGCCUUCAUUUUCAAGCAGGAGGAGAAGCAGAAGAAGAAGGGCUUUGCGGGGAGAGGCACCUACGACGGCCCAUCCCGCCUGCCGGUGCACAGCAUCAUCGCCAGCAUGGGUACAGUAGCCAUGGACCUGCAGAACACGGAGUGCCGCCCCGCUAACAGCAGCAAGCUGGCGCUGCCGGCGGAGAACGGCUCGGGCAACCGCCGGCCCAGCAUCGCGCCCGUCCUCGAGCUGGCCGACAGCUCGUCCCUGCUGCCCUGCGACCUGCUCAGCGACCAGUCGGAGGACGAGAUGACACAGUCGGACGAGGAGGGGUCGGCGGUUGCGGAGUACGUGAAAGGCUACCCACCGAACUCCCCUUACAUUGGGAGCUCCCCGACUCUGUGCCACCUUUUACCCGAGAAAGCCCCGUUCUGCUGCCUGAGGCUGGACAAGGGCUGCAAGCACAACAGCUUCGAAGACGCCAAAGCCUACGGGUUUAAGAACAAACUGAUUAUCGUUUCGGCAGAGACGGCUGGGAACGGGCUGUAUAACUUCAUUGUCCCCCUUCGUGCCUACUAUCGGUCCCGCAAAGAGUUGAACCCCAUUGUGUUGCUGCUGGACAACAAGCCCGAGCACCACUUUCUGGAAGCCAUCUGUUGUUUCCCCAUGGUUUACUACAUGGAGGGCACGAUUGACAACCUGGACAGCUUGCUGCAGUGCGGCAUCAUCUACGCCGACAACCUGGUGGUUGUGGACAAGGAGAGCACGAUGAGUGCCGAGGAGGACUACAUGGCCGAUGCAAAGACGAUUGUCAACGUCCAGACCAUGUUCAGGCUCUUCCCCAGCCUCAGCAUUAUCACAGAGCUGACCCACCCCUCCAACAUGAGGUUCAUGCAGUUCAGAGCAAAGGACAGCUACUCUCUUGCCCUUUCCAAGCUAGAAAAGAAAGAGCGAGAGAACGGUUCCAACCUGGCCUUCAUGUUCCGGCUGCCCUUCGCGGCCGGGAGGGUCUUCAGCAUCAGCAUGUUGGACACGCUGCUCUACCAGUCAUUCGUGAAGGACUACAUGAUCACCAUCACCCGGUUGCUGCUGGGCCUUGACACCACGCCGGGCUCUGGCUACCUCUGCGCGAUGAAGAUCACUGAAGAUGACCUGUGGAUCCGGACGUACGGCCGCCUCUUCCAGAAGCUCUGCUCCUCCAGCGCGGAGAUUCCCAUCGGGAUUUACAGGACGGAGUCGCACAUGUUCGCAACCUCCGAGCCCCACGACAUCAGAGCGCAGUCACAGAUCUCCAUCAACGUCGAGGACUGCGAGGACACGAAGGACGUCAAGGAGCACUGGAGCAUCAAGACCAGCCACCACAGGAACUCGUGCUCCAGCGACCAGUCCGAGCACCCGCUGCUGCGGCGCAAGAGCAUGCAGUGGGCGCGCCGGCUGAGCAGGAAGGGCAACAAGCACUCCAGCAAGACGGCCGAGUGGAUCAGCCAGCAGCGCCUCAGCUUGUACCGGCGCUCCGAGAGGCAGGAGCUUUCCGAGCUCGUCAAAAACCGUAUGAAGCACCUGGGCUUGCCCACGACCGGGUACGAGGAUGUAGCAAAUUUAACAGCCAGUGAUGUGAUGAAUCGGGUAAACCUGGGAUAUUUGCAAGAUGAGAUGAACGACCACCAGAACACCUUGUCCUACGUCCUGAUCAAUCCCCCCCCGGACACAAGGCUGGAACUCAACGACAUCGUGUACCUGAUCCGCUCCGACCCGCUGGCCCACGUGGCCAACGAUGGUCACAGCCGCAAGAGCAGCUGCAGCAACAAGCUGGGUUCCUGCAACCCCGAAACGCGCGAUGAGACCCAGCUGUGAGCUGCCAACCCCACACCCCAACCCCCCCCCACCCCCCCCCAGUGCCCCGUGCCCCUGCCAGGGGCCAGCGGGCUCCGGGGAGAGGCGGUGAAGAAGAGGAUGGCCGGCCGGAGGGGAAGGCUGCUGCCGCCCGGGGUGCCCGCUGCAUCCGGGGAAGGCGAUGCCCAGCCUGGCUCUGUGCCGUGGAAGGGGUGCCUGGACACCCCCCCCACCACCACCCCCCCGGGAGGGACAGGACAGCCGGUGGUCGUACACCCCCGUGGCUUUUAACUUUUUAUACGAAUACCGCAACUAGUGAGAAAGUCUUCGCUGGUGCUGGUGGGACGACAAAUGACCCUGUGUGAACGGGAGGAUUGCGCUUAAUAUUGCCCCCAGAUGAUGCAGGUGGUUUGCAUUGGAUGGGGCUUGUCGCUACAAAGGCAAAACUGCACAGAAACCCUCCUCCUCCUCCUCCUCCUUCGCCAGGUACCCCCCCCCCCGCCCAGGGGUACCCAAACUUCUGCUUUUUCACCCGAUUCAUGUUCCUCAGCCUCUGUCGGUUUGCUGUCGCCGUGGGGAGGUGGGGAAGGAUGAG